UGACGUAUAGAGCUUUGAACUCUAUGAGAUAACUUACUGUCUGAACUGUUUUGAUAUUUUCAAUAUCGCGCGUUUCCUGUUUUUCAUUGUGACUCACUCUUUUUUUUAUCUCAGAGCAGUGAAUCAACGCAAAUUUAAAAUAACUUCAAAUCUGACUAUUCUGCGUCGUAGUGCGUAAAAGGCAACUGCGAUGAAUCAUAGAAACGAGUUUUAUCACGAAGCUAUAACUUAGACUGAAUUAAUGCCGAGCGAUAAUUAUUGCGCUGUCUGUGUUGUUUUAUUGACCAAAAGUCUCGGAAGGUCAAUCGACGUUGGAGGCAUCUAUUUUAGGUCAUUCCCCUUAGGCAGAUGCAGCCCAGUUGAAAUAAGUGACAUUUACUUCAAGGCAUACCCUCGAAAAUGCGUUGGGACUAAUUGCAGAUCAUCUGUAAACACACCGCACCGACUUCUUUCACUAGAGGACGACCCUGAGGAAAUGCGUGCCCUUUUCAACCGGAGCCUGCCCACCGCCAUCUACACGCACGGUUUCCUCGAGGGCGAAAAAGGCUCCAGUAUCCGAGCAUUCCGCGCAGCCUUCCUUUUCCGUGGGGACUAUAACUUCAUUGCUGUCGACUGGCAAAAACUGGCCGCCGGGCCGUGGUACCUGAGUGCGGCCAACAAUGUGCGGCCAGUUGGAAUGGCUAUCGCUCAAAUGAUCGACCGGCUCGUCAACAUCAAAGCGAUCGACCUGAGUAAGCUCCACCUUAUAGGCUUCAGCUUGGGCGCCCACGUGAGUGCAGUCGCUGCCAGGUAUAUCACCGUUGGAAGGGUACCAAGAAUAACAGGACUCGACCCUGCGUACCCCACGUUUUCUGGCCGACCAAAGGCAGAUAAACUCGAUCCAUCCGAUGCCGAUUUCGUGGAUGUGAUCCAUACUUGCGGUGGCCUAUACGGGUACACUGAACCCAUUGGUCACGUAGAUUUCUACCCCAACGGCGGCAAUUAUUUCCAGCCUGGCUGUAUUAAUGUAAUAUCCUUUGGAACCUGCAGCCACUGGCGAGCCUGGCGCUUUUUCGAAGAGUCGCUGCGUGGUGGCGAGUUCAUGGGCGUAGCUUGCAGCUCAUACGAUGAUUAUCUCAACGCGAGAUGCGAGAGAAACAGCAAAAACCCGAUGGGACUUCACACAAACAUGACUGCCCGAGGCAAGUUCUUUUUGCGCACCAACUGGGCUGCGCCAUUCUCUGUGUUUUAAUGAAGCUCUAAAUAGGGCUUAGGUUUAAUAUUCUCUUGCCAAAACUCAAGGAAUUGUAUAAGUUGCCAGCCGAUGCUUUGGCUCAUAUUUUUCUCAUUAGUGAAGAAAUUUCCUACAGACGUGAGAUUGUUAAGUGAAAGAAGGUCAUGAGCUUAAAGCAUUGCUGAAUCAUUACGUCAGUCUCUUCUGCUAGAUAUGAAAUGCAGAUCGUGUGCACUAUUUUCCCAUACGCUUAUUAGUUUAUAAGGUAUUGUUUAGCUAUAAGUAAACACGCUUCUUUUGUAGAACUAGGAAACUGGAACGACUUGUGGAUAAAUAAAAUAGAUGAAUCUAAAUAUAGUAA